UUUCUGUUGUUGACGUCAGAUAACGGGAGGGAGCCAGGGAGGGCUCUUUGGAGAGGGGAUCUUGAUGAUAAUGAGAUAGCAUAGACAGUUAGCAUUUUCCCUUAUCAAAUUCUCUGACCUCGUCGUUGUAGCUACAUUAGAUACUAGCAUAGUGUGUCACAUGAGUUUCCGUUGAACCGGAUAGUUUAAAGGGCUUUCUCUAUACAACCAGCUAGUUUGCGCGCUUACGGGAUGUCAAAGCGUCUGCGCAACAACAGAGACUGUCAGGUCUGCGCUGAUUGUAGCGCCCCGGGCCCAUGUUGGGGCUCAGUGAACAGGGGUGUGCUGGUCUGUGAUGAGUGCUGCAGCAUCCACCGGGGUCUGGGACGACACAGUUCCCAAGUCCGACACCUGACCCAUACACCAUGGCCCCCCUCCCAACUACAGAUGGUUCAGACAUUGUACAGCAAUGGGUCCAACUCCAUCUGGGAGCACUGCCUUCUGGAUCCCUCGUCUAUCUCGAGUGGGAAACGCAAGGCCAACCCCCAGGACAGAGUCCAUCCCCAUAAAACGGAGUUCAUCAAGGCCAAAUAUCAGAUGCUGGCUUAUGUCCAUCGAAUGCCCUGUCGAGAGGAUGACAGUGUCACUACGAAGGAUCUCAGUAAGCAACUCCACUCCAGUGUUCGGACUGGGAACCUGGAGACGUGCCUGAGACUGUUGUCUUUGGGAGCCCAGGCCAACUUCUUCCACCCGGAAAAAGGAAACACUCCGCUGCAUGUAGCAGCUAAGGCAGGCCAGGUGUCGCAGGCAGAGUUGCUGGCUGUGUAUGGGGCGGAUCCCGAUGCCCUAGACAUGGGGGGUAAGACCCCUAUUGACUACGCAAGACAAGCAGGGCAUCAGGAGCUGGCAGACAGACUGGUAGAGAUCCAGUAUGAACUCACUGACUGCUUGGCAUUUUACCUCUGUGGGAGAAGGCCAGAUCAUAGAAACGGACAGCACUUCAUAAUUCCACAAAUGGCUGACCGAAAUGUCAGUCUGGAUUUGUCAGAAUUUGCAAAAGCUGCAAAGAAAAAACUCCAGUCUCUCACUAACCAUCAGUUUGAAGAGCUUGCCAUGGACGUUUAUGAUGAAGUGGACAGAAGAGAAACUGAUGCAGUGUGGCUGGUGACUCAGAACCACGGCACUCUGGUAACAGACACAACUGUGGUGCCUUUCCUCCCUGUCAACCCUGAGUACUCAUCCACCAGAAACCAGGGCCGGCAGAAGCUAGCGAGGUUCAACGCACAUGAAUUUGCAACACUCGUCAUUGAUAUAUUAACUGACGCCAAACGUCGGCAACGUGGGAACUCCUGUAAAAGUCCCAGAGAGGACAUAGAGCUCAUCCUGAAGGGAAUCAACAGCCGUCACGGGAGUGAUAACCAGGAUAAUGAAGACCAGCCAGAUUAUGACAGUGUGGCGUCUGAUGAAGAUCCAGAGCGGGAACCAGCCCCUGGGAAGAAUGGGAAAGAUGGCAGAACCAAGAGCUCCGAGUCGUCGGACUUGUCUGAUGGCCCCAUUACGUUGCAUGAGUUCAUGGAGGUGAAGAGCGCCCUCACGGCCUCCGAGGCCAAGAUACAGCAGCUGCUCAAGGUCAACUGUCACCUGAGUGAGGAGCUCCAGUUGAUGCAGAGCAAGCUGAACUCCUUGCAGACUGAGAAGUCCUCCCUGAGAUGGCAGACACCCAGUGGCCAGCAGCACCCCCAGGACCUCUCCGGCCGCCCCCCUCUCCCCGGGGGCCGCCCCAUGUCCAUGUAUGAAACGGGCUCGGCCAUGAGGCAGUAUCCCCACAGGGGCGUGCCUCCUCGCCGUGACGACAGCCUCAUCGUCCAGCCCCUCCCUACAAACAUUGGGAGGGGUCCUUUGGGGAACGCCUCGUCCUCCCUCCCUACCUUCCCCUCCUCCCUGUCCUGGUCGUGGGACGAGCGAGCUCGAAGGGGUUGUAGCCUGGAGGGACAGAGCCGCAUGCUGGAGAGUGACUAUGACAACACACCAAACCACACAGGACUGGAGGAGUCCGGUAUGGGCAGGAACAGCAGUUGGCUCGGGGAUAGCAGUACAGCAGAGCAGGGGGAGGAUGAGACUGAGGCUGACUCCACCCUGCCCUGCACAGAGGACGUCAUCUGUAAGACGGAGCAGAUCACCAAGAAUAUUCAGGAGCUGCUGAGGGCCGCACAGGAGAACAAACGUGAGAGCUUUGUACCGUGCUCAGAAAGGAUCCAUGUGGCUGUGAGAGAGAUGGCCAUCCUGUUUCCAAAGUACCUCCUGCCUCCUCUCUCCUUUACUCCGAGGCCAUGCUCAGACACAGUGCGAGGGUCUCUGCGGCUGCUCACCUCUAGUGCCAGCCGGCUCCAUGGGGAGUGCCAGAAGGCCUCGCCCCACAACCCUUGCCCCUCCGACAUGCAGCUGGUCACGCAGCAGGUCAUCCAGUGUGCCUAUGACAUUGCCAAGGCUGCCAAGCAACUCGUCACUGUGACAACCAAAGAGAACAGCAACUGAUGUUUUUUUUAACCCAAGGACUAACAUCCCUUUUUAGAUAUUUGAGAUAUAUAUAUAUAUAUUAUCAGUACUAAUUUCAAGUUAGUGUUUAUCAGUGUUACCAUUGUUAUUUGUAUGCCACCAUUUUUAUUUAAAGUACUCAAGUUUACAGAAAGUGGACCAUGCGAAAUGUGGGUCACCCAAGGGAUUUGUCCAUCGGUUUGUCUGUUAUGCAGGUCAUCAUACUCUAGCAGUAUGAGUAUCUAUCUGGGAUUACCUCAAAAGGAGACAUUUGAUACUAUUUUGCAACAUUACACAUUUUAAACAGCCUUGGAUCAAUUUCAGGUGGCUGAACAUUUGUGGUUGCUGGGAGUGCUUGUUCUUGGUGCUCUCUGCUAUGCAACAAGGACAGUUGGCUGUCCAAUGCUUUCAAACAGUUCACUUUUAACUUCUUAUUCAAGGCCAAACACAUUGGGAUCUUAAACAUAGUCAGAUCCAUAAUUAUUGGCACCCUUGAUAAUGAUGAACAAAAAAAAAUACUAAAAUAAAUACAUCUGACCAUAGCACUGCCUGGAGUUUGAUAAACGGCAUUGGCACAUUGGAUUGGUGGAUCUUUGAUGUUAUGGGACUAUUUUGCUUCCACUGGUCCUGGGGCCCUUGUUAAGGUCAACAGCAGCAUGAAUUUUACCCAGUACCAGGACAUUUUAACCAAAAACCUGCUUGCCAAUGCCAGGAGGCUGACACUUGGCUGCAAGUGGAUCUUCCAGCAAGACAAUAACCCUAAGCACUAAUGAAAAUCCACUAAGAAAUUGUUAAUUGACCACACAAUCAACAUUUUCCAAUGGCCAUCUCAUUCUCCAGACUUGAAUACCAGUGGUUUAAAUCCAUAAGAGCACGAGGAAUGCUUUAAGAUCCCUCCCAACGUGUUCUCCAAUCUCAUAAUACAUUUUAGCAAAAGGCUCAGUGUCUUUAUCCUCACAAGGGGAGGGCGAUAGACUAUUGAAAACAGCGGUGCCAAUAAUUUUGACUUAUUUUAUUUUUGAGCCAACAAUAUAGCUCAGUAUUUUUUUCUGAUCUUUAUCAAUGGUGCCAAUAAUUAUGGGCCUGAUUGUAGCUUAGUGGAAUACUGAGCCAUGAUGCGUCCAUUACAACGUUUUCCUUAAGGUAUUUUCCAUUAAUGCCAUUUUAUGUUUCAUGCCAAAGCCAUAAAGUUGAGGACAACGCCCAAGUCAGUUUUCCAUUGUUCAGUUUCUUUUCGUAGUUGUUUGAGCUCAAAAGGUAUAGCAAAAAAAGGAUAAUAAAAAAAAAAAAAAAAAGGAUCAUACCUCACACACAUGCACAAUAUCAAUUUUGUUUUAGUGUAGUGUGUUUUUUCUGACGUUUAUCCCAAAGGGGUACUCAAAACAGCCGACCCAAAUUCUAUAAUUUGUUUUGUAAAAAAGAUAAGUAUAAAAAUGUACAAACCAUCUAUUCUUAAUUCAUGCAACCCUUCUAUAUAUUCUAUGUAUGAAUACAAUCUCACACUUGACAAAUUGUCAACAUUUUAUUUUCUUAAAAUGUUUAACAGGUAAAGUUCCCUCAUAUUCUGUGCUGUUUUAAGGCAUGCAAGUUUUCAUAUUGGUGAUGUCUUCUAUACAGCAUUUGGAUUUCAAUAUAUCCACAGGCAAUCAGAUGUGCUUGUGAUCUCUCUCACUCUGUCUGUGUGGUGUGUGUGUGUGUGCUAAACCCAGCCUGUGUGUGUGUGUCCCAUGAUUUACAUUGUCUUUAUUGUGCUGCAAGUGGUAAAAACAUGUGCAUCUAAUAGGGUUUUAAGAUGUGUUAAAAGCAUUUGUCCUUUUUAUAUGUAUUAUGGGCCAUACAGUCAUGUGGGAGUCAUGUGGGGGUCAUGAGUUGUCCAGGGAUGUGGGGAGUGAGGAUCAAUUGUGUGCCAUUGCGUGUUAUGAGCCAGACAACAGUCAUACAGUUACUUACAUUGUGAUUGAAAUAAAGAACUGCCUUUUAAAGUAAUAAACUUGAAUUUAUAACUCGA